AUGACGGCGCAAUUUCCUACCCGUCAGAUCGCCAAGCUUACGGGCCAUAAUGGUCCUGUCCAUGCUGUCACGUAUAGCGGCGGCCGGGGAGAAUACAUCCUGACAGGCGGCGCGGACCGGACGAUCCGGCUCUUCAACCCGGGGCGCGGCGACCAGGGCCUGGUGAUGAAGUACGCGGCGCACGGGUACGAGGUGCUGGACCUGGCGGUCGACGGCACGCAGCACAACACGCGGUUCGCGAGCGUGGGCGGCGACAAGGCCGUCUUCCUGUGGGACACGGUGGCCGGGACGACGGUGCGGCGCUUCGUGGGGCACGCGGCGAGGUGCAAUGCCGUGGCGUUUGGGGCCGGUGGCGAUGUCCUUGUUAGUGGUAUCUUUGACGGCACGGCCAAGCUUUGGGAUGUCAAGGCGCUGUCGAGCUCGCGACCGAUAAUGACACUCUCGGAGGCGAAAGACUCGGUGUCGGCGCUGAGCGUGCAUGAGCACACGAUCGUGGCGGGCAGCGUGGAUGGGCGAGUGCGCAGCUACGAUAUCCGCAUGGGGAUGGUGGACGAGGACGUGGUAGGGGCGCCGAUAACAUCGCUCGCGGCGACGCGCGCGGGCGACUCGCUGCUGGUCAGCUCGCUGGACUCGACGGUGCGGCUGUUUGACCGCGCAGCGGGGACGCUGCUGCAGGCGUAUGCGGCGCCGGGGUUCGUGAGCAAGGAGUAUCGUGCGCGCGGCGCACUGGGGCUUAGGGAUAGCGUGGUGCUGGCGCCCAGUGAGGAUGGCAGCGUCUUUGUGUGGGAUUUGCUGGAUGGGAAGACGGUUAGGGAGCGCGUGUGGCAUGAUGAUGGGGCUAGGAGGGGGGAGCCGCUGCUGGAGGACCGUGACCGCAAGAAGAGGGUUGUUAGUGCUGUGGCGUUUUGUAGGCCGAGGGCAGAGUGGUGCAGUGCUGGUGGGGAUGGUGAGUCUGUUUUAUUUCUCUCUUUCUCUUUCUUCCCCCUUCCCCUAGCCUUUUACGGCUUGGAACCUACACUACGUUAG